UGAAGAAGAAGAAUGGCACGCUUUGUGUUUCCAUGGGAAACAGAAUUGCUGGAUGAGAUAACGCGAGAUUUUGCGACAAUCACGUUGCCUGUCUCUUCUCACAAACAUGGCGGACUACCGAGAAGCGCCCUUGGCCACUCGGCCAAAAACAUUGGACCCAGCUGAAUAUUUCAACCUUUCGCUGGACCAGAGACGUGCCGAGGAGGAGAGGGCUGGUUUAAGGGCUCAGCUGAAGAGACAAUAUCAGAUGCAGCUGAACAACCCCCACAGAAAAGAGCUUAUUGUAAGUACAGAGGAAGCUAACAUGCAAACGUUAGCUAACUUGCUAAUGUCAGACCCACAUUUCACCCAGGGUAAUGCUAACGUUUGGUAGCCAGCUAGCAUUCGCUAGUCAGACUAAAAACCCGAGCCGACAAGAUAAUGUUGUGCCUGCAUUCGGCAUUUGAGCUAUUCAGCAAAUGCCAUCUUAUGUUUAUCUACCUAACUAGCUAAUUUACUAAUCUAACAUCAGGCAACAGCACAGGAAGUUUUUGAGAGUAAGUUAGCUAACGUUAGUCAAGCUGGUUAUAUGAUGCCUGGCGUUCGCUAGUUUAGUUGAUGUGACCUUGAUGUUAGAAUUUCAUAGUCAUUUUGCUAUUUAAACUAAUUUGGGUUGCAUUCAGUAACAUGUAUUCUGGGGGGAAAUUACUGUUUGUGCAUUCAACCGUUUCUGCCCUGCAUAGUAGUUGACUGCAAUAAGACUGGCACCAACUCUCAAAGAAUGGCCAUCAUUAUUGACAUCAAAUGUUAUUAGUCACAUGCGCCUAAUACAACAGGUGUAGACCUUACAGUGAAAUGCUUACUUACAUGCUGCUGUUUUUUUAUUUACAGGAAGACCCUGCCUUGACACGCUGGGUGUACGCACGUACCAACCCCUACAACCACUUCAGAGCCACCAAGAAGACGUCACUGCUAGGUGGGCUCUUCGGAGUAGUGCCACUCUUCGUCCUGUACUACGUACUGAAGACUGACAGGGUAUGGAUGAGAUGACACAACCCGUUAUCCUACUCAUUCCCUGACAUUAGGUGUCUAUUCCAAAUCCACCCUAGCCUCUAUACUAAGGCACUUUAUUUAGAUAAGGGAUUGGAUAGAUUUUACAUUUACAUUUUAGUCAUUUAGCAGACGCUCUUAUCCAGAGCGACUUACAGUUAGUGAGUGCAUACAUUUUUCAUACUGGCCCCCCGUGGGAAUCGAACCCACAACCCUGGCGUUGCAAGCGCCAUGCUCUACCAACUGAGCUACAGAUUUGAGCAAUAUGGUGGACAUUCCUCCCAUCAAAGGGCUUGGUGAAGUUAUUGCCAUAUUGAUCAUACUGAAGUAGUCCUGUGCCUUGGGUUAGGGGUUGAUUUGCAACUGUUGUGUGGUGGGCUGUAGAUUGAUCAAACAUGUAGAUCUAUCUUUAGUUUUUUUACAAAAAAGUUUGGGAGAAACCUUAAAAAUAUUGUCAGACAAAGCUUCAAAGCGGAUUCGCUCCCCAUAAUGCAAAAAUGAUCACUUUACCAUGUCAAUGAGCUAAGAUGAAUGAACAGAGUGACUUAAUACUGGCUCUGAGGUCUCAUACAUCACUGCUGUAUUAGGCUACAUUUGUGUCUGUUCAAUAGAUUACUUUAGUGGGCACAGUCUGAUGGCCCUGUAUGAAUGUAGUAGGCCUACCUAACUAUAGUCAGGGGGAAGAAUAUGUGCUGCUCAUGUCUAAGCUCAUCUUCUACUCUACUCCGCCACCGUUCUCUGUAGUGUCUGUGACAUUUUAGUCUGAAUGGCAGCCCUUCCUUCUCCCUCCAUUGUUAUUGAGAUCCUCUCCCUGAAUCUGUGCCUGAAUCAGAGAGCGAUGUCACAGAGACCUGGGUACUGAGUGUGCCAUUGUCACACUGCUGUAAUUCCUCUGCUAUUUCUCCACUGAGAGGAAGAAAAACGACCUUGUAUUUAUUCAUGAGACAUUCAUUCAUAUUCUAAGCGGUGGAGGAUGAGGAGGUUGCUUAGGUGAUGAUGCCAUCUCUCUGUUGCCAUGGGGACCUCACUAACCCUCUCCUCUGUCUCCAGGACAAGAAGGAGGAGCAGAUCAAAGCUGGGACCUACGACCGCAAGUUCAAACUCGCCUACUGAGUUUGCUCAUCACGGACGUCCAAUGUAAAGUGUUGUAGAGAUAAUGUCAGUGUGUAUCUAUUAUUGAUAACUGAAUAAAACUUCCUUCAUUGUUUAAAACAAAA